AUGGCCAGCCCCGCGCGAUCAGGCUUCCCGGGGCGCACGAACAGCCGUCUGGACGCGUUCCUGCGGCGGCACCUGCCUCCGGAGGUGUACGACACGGUCCGCGCCUACGAGCCGUGCAUCGUGGUGUCGGACGCUGAGAAGCACACUUUCAAGUACGUGGUGCUCAGUGACCGGCUCAUCUACCUGACCGAGAACCCGCCCAAGUCCAUCCGGCGGGUCGUGGCUCUGCGGGACGUCGUGGCCAUUGACCUGAUUGACGAUUACCCAGAAUUUCUGAACUCACCAGACAGAGAGAUCAACCAGCACAUUCGGAUUGUCUAUUCUUCCACGGUCUUGAAAAAGGAGCGCGGAAAAUCGAAAGGGGUUGGGAAAUUCCUAUUUCCAGCUCACCACAGCAAUGCUAACAAAAAAGUCAAGCAAGAGAGUAAUGGCCUUACCUUUUGGAGAAGAAAAGUUUCUAGGAGUUUGAAUGAAUCCUCUCUCAGGUCCCACCAGGAGAGCGGUGCUCCAUUCAAGGACCCAACUCCCCGUCCUUCAGCCCUCAAGGAACUGUCCCCUGCAGGCCAAGGCGCCUCUCGGCCUUUGCCUACCCUAGCUAGUUGUCAGUCUAAGGCAGCUACUGGCAUGCCUGCCUCCCUGUCUCUUGCAUCAAGCACAAAAGAGCCCCAGGAGCUUCCAGAUCCCAGAGACUCCCCAAGAGAAGGUUCUUUCAGGUUUGAUGGGAACAAAAGUGAGUUUGGCUUAGGAAAUUCUCUCCCAGCCUCUCCUUUGCACAGCUGCCCGAGCCUGGAGAAAGAAGAAUCUGAACUUCAUCUGUAUAUUAUUUCUGCAACCUCAUCAAUAUUUCUGCACCUAAAGAGUUCAUGGAACAACUACAUUAUAAGAGCCACUCUUUUACAAGAUCCUCUAUGUGCCAGUGAGCACAAUGAUGUCAUCAGGAAUCCGAAGCCGUACAGAUCCGAAGAGAAAAUUAAGCACUUUUGUCAACUAAAGUCUGAACUUUUUCUUAAAGACAAUACUUUGAGGAAGACACUGUGUCUAAUUACGGAACUUAGAGUGACAGCCCAGAGAAACUUCAUCCUGAGAAGACUUUUCUGGAAAACCAGUGAGCUUUUCUACUUCCUAGUGAACAAACUUCAUGAGUAUCUGCCAGAGUCGAGGGACAAGCAUGCACUUCAAAACAAAAGGCAGAGGGCUGAUCAGCUGAUGGCGUGCAUUGAAAUUAUACAGACACUUGGACUGAUGUUCAGAGAAACAGAAAUUGAAUCGUCACGAUUGAACACACUGGCAGCUAAGAAGGGAACACUGUUUAAUCUCUUAGUAAUUUUAAUUAGCAAGCCGAAGGUUCCGAAGUCCUGCUCCGCAUCUGAUGCCCAGCCGGUGACUGAUCCAACCUCAGCCGAAGCACUUUCCGACAGUCAGUUACAGAAGCUCAUCCUGGAGUACACGGAUACUGCCACAAUGCUGAUCUAUGAGAUUCUGCUUGUCUUUCAGCAGGGAAAUCUUGGAUUGGGAUCCACGAAGUUCGCUAUUAGCUGGAUGAUGUCCUUUCUGCAAAGCUGUCCUCCCAUCAUGGCGUUUGUGGCCAGGAUCGUGGAGGGAGUGGUGAGAGGGCUCUCCGCCUCGCUCCAGCUGCUGACUCCCUGCCAAGCAGUUCUGUUGUACCAGCAGUUUUACAUCCUCAGGAGCUGCCUGCAGCACAGCAAGGCUCUGGCUGAGUAUAUCAGGAACGACCACCGUGAGGAGUUCAGGUACUUUAUUCACAUGCCGGCCUUGGAAAAGAGGCUCCCAGGAUGGUACCCCAUUACAGAGCCCACCACUCAGCUCUGUCAUGAAGUUCUGCAGCUGAUUGAACAGAAGCAGUGUGCAAAAUGUUAG